GCUACCUCCUCUAGGGCUUCCAGUCUUCAAGCAGGCCCUAUAUAUAGAUAAAUAUAUCUAACCCUGCCCGCUUUAUCCCCUGUGCUGUGCGAAGGAAACCCUUGGGAGGACGAGCGUCCGGACGAAGAAGAAGAUCUGCCGAGAAGAUGACUUUCAAGCGGAGGAAUGGAGGCCGCAACAAGCACGGCCGCGGCCACGUCAACUUCAUCCGAUGCUCCAACUGUGGCAAAUGCUGUCCCAAGGACAAAGCCAUCAAGAGGUUUCUCGUGAGGAACAUAGUGGAACAAGCUGCUGUUAGGGAUGUCCAAGAAGCUUGUGCUUUUGAGAGUUACACAUUGCCCAAGCUCUAUGUUAAGAUGCAGUACUGUGUGUCGUGUGCCAUUCACUCCAAAGUUGUCAGGGUUCGCUCUCGUGAAAAUAGGAGGAUCCGUGAACCGCCUCAGCGGUUCAGGCGCAGGGAUGAUCUGCCAAGGCCAGGCCAAGCUCCACGCCCUGGUGGACCGCCGGUUCCUGGUCGCACCUAAACAUCUAGUGCUUGUUCGGCUGGAAUGCUAGGCUUUGGAGUUACGUUUUAUGUGGAGAGUUCCAUCCAGUAUUUUGAAUUGGAAAAUUUCAACUUCUAAGCAGUAUCUUUUUGAGUUAAGACUUAAACUCACUUCUUAUGGGGACUAAAAGAUUUUUCUUUUUUAAUGAAUUUUGAGAAAUUGUGUGACUUAAGUAUUUUUAUGAUCGAGCAUGUUUCGAUAUAAGACCCAGUUCCUGAAA